GCACGCGCAUGCGCGUGUAGGCACAGCUGCUGCUGCGGGAUCUGGGGCUGCUGGGGCCACAGGCGCCAUGUCGGGCCGCUCAGUGCGGGCAGAGACCCGCAGCCGCGCCAAGGAUGACAUCAAAAAAGUCAUGGCGGCGAUCGAGCGCGUUCGCAAAUGGGAGAAGAAAUGGGUAACAGUGGGAGACACAUCUCUGCGGAUAUUCAAGUGGGUGCCUGUGGCUGAUAGCAAAGAGAAAGAGAAGUCCAAAUCCAGUGGUACUGCUGCUGUCCCAGAGCCAAAUGGUUAUCCAGCUGAAACUGCAGCCAACUCUUCCCUUCUCCUGGAAUUCCAAGAUGAGAACAGCAAUCAGAGCUCCCUUUCAGACACCUAUCAGCUAAAGGCAGACAGUAGUGCUGCCUCCAGUCCCAGUCCACAGCAAAGUGAAUCCAUGAGCCCUAGCCACACUUCUGACUUCCGCACUGAUGAUUCACAGCCACCCACGCUGGGACAGGAGCCCUUGGAAGAACCUGCUCUCCCUCCAUCAGAAGUAGCUGAUGAGCCUCCAACCCUCACAAAAGAAGAGCCAGUAAAACUCAAGGCUCAGGUGAACGGAGGAGAGGAAGAUUCUGGGGCACCUCCACUUAAGAGAUUUUGUGCAGAUCAGAACUCCAUAUGUCAUGCAACCUCUGAGAGCUAGUCAGUCUGCUUCAUCCUGUGAUGCAGUUGUCUUCAAAACUCCACCUGCCCCUCCCUCUCAAAAUACCAAUCUGUUUGAAAGUUGGUAUUCUUCUCCACCUCCGUGUUUCUCUCCUGUGCAGUGUCCUCCAAGAAUCAACCUGCUCUUUCCAUAACCUCUCCAGAUGAAACUUUGCUCAUCCUGUGUUAAGAUUUGUCCCUUUUGUGCAAUCUCCUCUCAGCCACAUCCUCUUGACUUGCACGCUUAAGGAAUGAGGUGGUUGCAACCUCUCUUGUAUACUUUUUAUUUAUCCUCUUUGUGGGCUUUGGGGACUGCAGUUAAGGAAGUUCCUGUAAGAAAGGAGUUAUCUGCACUUAACAGGUAGCUCACAAAUCCUUUCCUGUCCUUUCUCCUCCAGACAGUGAAGGAUUCUCUCUGGAAGUGAGUCAGGACCUGGUGGAAGUCUGCCUGGGAUGUUGUGCAAUAGUUGUGGGGUUAAGCCAUUAAUGCUGGAGGGAGCAAAAACUUUCCCCUCCAGGGAAGGAUAAUGGUGCUGCAGCUAAGAAGGUGUUCUAGGAAGUGAAGGCUGGGCUGCAUCUAGGUGGCUAAAGGGCUCUCCUUUGCAGUCUGGCAAACGUGGACCUCAGAGUGAAGAAUAUCUUCCCAGGUACCAAAAGGGCAUUGUCUCUGAGCAGCCCUUCUCAGGGGUGGAAUAGCCACCUAGCACAGCUAGCACCAAUCGCCCGGCCCUCUCUAGUCUCUGCGGACCUGUCCUCCCCAUCACAAUCUGCAUGUGGAACUGACUUCAUGAUCAGGGCCCUGCUGCCAUGAAAAGUGCUGGCCACGCAGGGAAGAAAGAUAUUUUAGCACUGAAGAGAAUAUUUUUAAAAUUAAACUAUUUGAAAUAG